AGUAUUCAUUCAGAAAAGGUAUUAAAAAGGCCAUGAAGGAGUCGUGGUGUCUUGAUAUCACAACAAACGGCAACCCACUCAACUGUCUCCUCCCUCAUCUAAGCCGCCACCACCACCCGACGCCGGAAAUGGGAAGAGCUCCGUGCUGUUCUAAGGUCGGUUUACACCGAGGCGCUUGGUCGGCCGACGAAGACAAACUCCUCAUCGAUCACAUUCAAACUCAUGGUGAAGGUCAAUGGCGAGCAUUACCAUCCAAAGCUGGUCUGCUUAGAUGCGGGAAGAGUUGCAGGUUGAGAUGGAUGAACUAUCUUCGGCCGGGUAUCAAGAGAGGAAACUUCACCUCCGACGAGAAUGACGUCAUUAUCCGGUUGCAUGCUCUACACGGCAGCCGGUGGUCACUCAUCGCCACCGAACUCUCUGGACGAACAGACAAUGAAAUCAAGAAUCACUGGAACGCUCACCUCCGGAAAACCCUUGAAAACACUGGCAACCAAACAACAAAAAAAAUAAAAAACAAAAAAAUAAAAAAGAAGAAAAUGUUGGACGAUCAGAAAGCUGAAACCGAAAGUCAACAAAAGUCAACGGAAGUCAAACUUGUUGACUCUGGGUCUUCUUCUUCAUCAUCAACUUUAUCAACAAGCAAGAAUGAUGUUUUUGAGGAUGGUGGUGCAUGUUCGAGUUGUGCGUUUGACUUUGAAGAUGCGGACUUUGACUUUUUGUUGCCUUUGUUUGAGAUGGAAGAUACGAGCAUGAUCGACGGUCAGCUAGACGAUGGUUUUUUAAUGGACGGUUGUGAUUUAGUUAUGUCAAAAGAUGAAGAAAGUUUGAUGCUUGAGAAGCUCUAUGAUGAGUAUCUGAAUCUGCUGGAUCAUCCAGAUGAGAAUAUUCAAAACUAAAAAAUAAAAUGUUUAAUUUUUGUUUUUAAUAAUCAGGGGCGGAUCUAUGCCACUUUUGUGAUUUUCCGGGAACCCAUUUGGUUAAGAAAAAAUGGAAAAAAUUUGUGAGAA